ACUACGGUAUAUUUUUUUAUACUAUAUCAAACCUAAUCUCGGUUAUUUGCACGUAAAAUAAUAUUUUCCCUUCAUUUUUUGAUAAUUUUUGUAUUUUUGUAAAUUUCCUCUUGUAAAAUGGCUGUAAAUAUUAGUUCAGCGGUUAAAUCAAGCAAUAUAAUGACCAUUCAACUGGACUUGGAAGAAUUAAAACUCAACAUCGACAAUAUGUUUUUAGUUAUCAACGGAAUAAUUGUAUCUUUUAUGCAAGUAGGAUUCGCAUGUUUAGAAGCUGGAUGUGUGCAGCCCAAAAAUGUGACUAACAUUUUAAUGAAAAAUAUAUUGGAUUUAUUCAUCUGCGCCCUAUCGUACUGGCUGGUGGGAUACGGGUUGGCCUACGGUGGCGGUGGUUGCAGAUACUAUGGUAAGGAAUUCUUUGCGGGCGUCGGCAUGCCGUCAAGUCAAAACGGAGUGUGGUUUUUCCAGUUCGUGUUCGCAGCGACUGCAGCAACUAUCAUAUCCGGUGCUGUAGCCGAGAGGUGCAAUUUCGUCGCAUACAUAUUAUACAGCGUUAUCAUAUCAGGUGUGACGUAUCCCAUCGCCUCGCACUGGACUUGGUCACCCGACGGUUGGUUGCUGAAAAUUGGCUAUUCCGAUUUUUCCGGCGCUGGGACAGUGCACUUACUGGCCGGUAGCUGCUCGUUCAUCGCAGCCUUGUUCAUCGGGCCCCGGAACGGACGUUUUAGUACCAUCGCUCCGAACGAAUACAACGGACACUCGAUGCCGCUAGUAGCCACGGGAACUCUGUUGCUUAUAUCAGGAUUCCUGUCGUUCAAUGGCGCGUCCCUGGGCCAUAUUACCAAACCCGGUGACGGAGAAAUAGUGGCAAUUAGUGUGGCCAACACCAUUUUUAGUGGAAGUGGUGCGGCAGUGGUCAUAUUGAUUAUAGGCAAAGUUGGUCUGAUUGGGGAGUCCAGGUGGCCAUUCGCGAUGACCAUCAACGCCGUCUUGAACGGAAUGGUCUCGGUGUGCGGAGGUGUCAACGAGUACACACAUUUUUCUGCAGUGCUGAUUGGAAUGAUUGGUUGUAUCAUUUACUUAGUGUUGCAAUGGUUUGUUCCCCUUUUAAAAGUGGACGAUCCGCUAGAAACGACUGCCGUCCAUUUUGGUGGUGGAUUGUGGGGAGUGAUAGCUACACCGCUUUUUGUAAAAGGAGGAUUUUGGAACAAUCCCGAUUCUAUGCCACUUUUGAAAUCGAAUCUAAUUGGUGCUGCAUCGAUUAUUUUAUGGUCAGUAGUAAACAGUGCAAUAUUGUUCGGGUUCCUAAGAGUGUUUGACCUGCUCCGUGUGUCCAAAGAAAAAGAGAUUAUCGGUUUGGACAUGAGUCUUCACAAGGAACAAGCAUACCCGGAGACCAACAUUUGUAUUGAAAACGGAUAUAAAAACAACAAAACCACAGUUAUCAGACACGCCUACGACAAUGUGGCUAUGCAACACACCCUGCAACAGUAAUAAGCAGAUAUCUCAUCUUUUACGACAAGAGACGUCAAUAUUAUAUAAUAAAUCGUAAAACAAUAAUUCAUAUACUAUACAAAAACAUGAUAAGUGUAUUAUAUAUUAUAUAAAAUAAUAAAAUAAUGUUGAAUGUUCUAUCAGCAAAUAUAUGUUAUCACGGCCGUGGCAUAAGUGACGAAAUA